AUGGCGCCGUUCGCGCCACUGCCGCACAACACCUACAAGCACGACGUCCACCACCACCUCACCACCACGACCGCGACGACGAUGGCCGCCACUUCCGGCAGCAGCACCAACAACAAUAACACCGGCACCACGGGUGGCGCGGCGGCCGACAUGGCCGCCUAUCUCCAGCAGCUGCAGGACGCCGCGGCCGCCGCCCAGGCGGCCAAUAAGAGCAACAGCAGCGGCGGGACCGGCGGCGCGGCGCGCGGGGAGCAGUGCCCGCGGUGCGCGUCGCACGACACCAAGUUCUGCUACUACAACAACUACAACACGUCGCAGCCGCGGCACUUCUGCCGCGCCUGCCGCCGCUACUGGACGCUGGGCGGCUCCCUCCGCAACGUCCCCAUCGGCGGAUCCACCCGCAAGCGCCCGCGCCUGGCGCACCACAACCACCACCACCACCACCAGCACGCCAGCAGGCCCGCUCCGGCGGCGCACGCCUUCGGCUUCGGCCUCCCGCCCCCGAUGAUGAUGCCUCCCCUGCCGUCGUCGUCGCAGGGACAGGGUGGCGGCCUCCUCGGCUCGCUGUUCGCGCUCGGCGCCGCGGGGCCGCUGCUGGAAGGCCGCGGCGCAGGGUCGUCGUCGUUCGACUUCGACCUCGGGCUCGGGCUCCCGACAACCGGGCCCUUACACCUGGGCGCGGGCGCCGGCGAGGCGGUGGCCGUGCAAAUGCAAGGCCUCGGGCUCAGGGGAGGUGGUGGCUCCGCAGCCGGGUCGUCGUCGUCCUUCCUCUGGCCCGCGGGGCUGCUGAUGGACAACGACAGCGUGACCACGUGGAAGAUGCCACCAGGCGCCGGUGCGGGUUCAGUGUGGCCGGACUUCUCUUCUCCGGCGGCGGCGGCGGCGCCACAAACCGGCGGGAUGCUGCAUGGCGGGGGCCACCUGAUGUGA